GCGCGACGAGGCAAGAUGGCGGAGUUUGGAUUCGUCUUCUAUUUAAUUACUUCAUAAAAGAUGGGAGUUCAAGGACUUUGGAAGCUGCUGGAGUGCUCUGGAAGACCCAUAAACCCAGAAACGUUGGAAGGAAAAAUCCUUGCUGUUGAUAUCAGCAUUUGGCUAAAUCAAGCUGUGAAAGGGGCAAGGGACCGCCAUGGAAAUUCCACCCACAAUGCCCACCUUCUCACUUUGUUUCACCGACUUUGCAAGCUGCUGUUCUUUCGAAUUCGCCCUGUCUUUGUUUUUGAUGGUGAAGCACCACUUUUGAAGAGGCAAACUUUGGCUAAGCGAAGACAACGGAAAGAAAUUGCAGCCGCUGACUCCAAGAAAACAUCAGAGAAGCUUUUGAAAACUUUUCUGAAAAAACAAGCUAUCAAAUCUGUUCUGGCAGGCAAGAGUGAGGCUGCAUUCCCUAGCCUUUCAGAAAUACGAAGAGAAGAAAUAGAUGAUAUUUAUGUAUUACCUUCUUUACAAGAAGAUGCAAAGAACAGUUCUGAUGAAGAAGAUGAAAAGGAAUGGGAGGAGAGAAUGACUCAGAAAAAGAUACUGCAAGAAGAAUUGUGUGAAAACCCUCAUUCUGUAGAUGUUGACUCAGAAGAUUUCCUGAGCUUGCCCCCUGAAGUAAAGCAUGAGAUCCUCACCGACAUGAAGGAAUUCACAAAACGAAGGAGGACGUUGUUUGAGGCAAUGCCAGAGGAGUCCAGUGACUUCUCCCAGUAUCAGCUCAAGGGAUUGCUUAAGAAAAGCAGUUUGAAUCGGCACAUAGAAAAGGUGCAGAAGGAGAUGAAUGAACAGCACUCGGGCCAAAUCCAGAGCCAGUACGAAGAUGACGGGGGCUUCUUGAAGGAAGUGGAAACCAGGAGGGUUGUCUCGGAAGACACCUCUCACUAUAUCCUAAUAAAAGGUCUCCAAUCCAAAGGCGAUGCCCCCAGAGAUAUGAAAACAAAGUCUGCCAGCCCUUCUUCUGCAGGGUCUCAAGAUUCAGAGUCUAGAGGGAAUAUUAAGGAGGCUCAGGUUAACAGGAAGCCCCCUCUAGAGGAUGUCAUAAAGGCCGAACCAACCACCAGUUCUUCUCUAGCUCCUCCUUCUCCCAGAACUGUUCUUGCUAUCCAAGCUGCCAUGCUGGGAAGCAGUUCAGAAGAGGAGCUGGAAGGCGACAACAAAGAUCGGCUUGAUUUGGAUGAAGGCAGGUCCAGCGCUCAUUCUGAUGCCAGCAACAUGUCCCCAAGGACACUGAGGGCUAUUCAGAAUGCUUUAUGUGAGGACGAGGAGGAUGAGGAGGAUGCUGAAGCAUCAUUUUGCAUCCCCACUGGUGGCAGUCGAGUGGAGAGACCUCCUGCGAAGGAUAUUCUUGCCAGUAGCUCGGAUGAGGAGGGCCAAGUACCUGAAGAUCGGCAUGAAAAAGAGCCUCCAUUUUUAUCUGUCGGGCAUUCAGAAGGCAAACUCAUUAGCCAAGACAGUGAAUUGGGUCAAAGGAAACUCCUGUUGGAGAAGGAUCAGAGCGUACCUGAAAUCGCAUGCACUCCUUUUAUGGAAAAAGCACCUGUGGCCGAUAAGGAAAAAGGAGGAAUGGAAGCCUUGACUUCCACAACAGGCACAACUUCUGGGGAAGACGAAGGUAUGGAUAGUGGCACAGAGCGGCAAGAAGAGCUUUCGGCGCAGACUCCAUCAGUUGUCCCAAGCCAUUCAAACUUUGCAGAGGUAGCCGAAAAUGGCAAAGCUGAACAUUUAGUGGAAUUGGUUCAGAAGUCAGGAAAAAAGGCCUCUGAAGGGCAGCAGCGGGCACUCCCUUUUACUUCAGAAAUCGAAAACCUUAACCGAGAAAGAAAGGAACUUCAAUCACAGUCUGAAGAGAGUGAUUCUGAUGGUAGCUUCAUUGAAGUGGAUGCCGAAGUGAGUGGUGAACCUCAGGACGAAACAUCAGAGGUGUCCCUUGCUUCCGCUGAACAGGAGGAGGAAGGAUUGUCUGCAGAGGAUAUGAAAGGGGCGGACGAACGUCCCAUGGGCAGCCUAACAGAAGACGCUGGCGAGGAUUCAGAGUUGUCUGUGCAACAGGAUGCUGAAAUCGAAGGCAAGGAAGAUGCAGUUAACGAAUGGCAGGAUAUUAGUAUGGAGGAGUUGGAAGUCUUGGAAACAAACCUUUCUGCUGAGCAAAAUGCUCUAAAGGCUCAGAAGCAACAGCAGGAGCGUAUUGCUGCCACUGUGACAGGACAGAUGUUCUUAGAAAGUCAGGAACUUCUGCGCCUCUUUGGCAUUCCAUACAUCGAAGCCCCUAUGGAGGCAGAGGCUCAAUGUGCCAUCUUAGACCUCACUGAUCAAACCUCAGGGACAAUCACCGAUGACAGUGACAUUUGGUUGUUCGGAGCACGACAUGUGUAUAAAAACUUCUUCACUCAAAACAAGUACGUGGAAUAUUACCAGUACGUGGAUUUCCAGAAUCAGCUAGGCUUGGAUCGGAACAAGUUAAUUAAUCUAGCCUAUCUGCUCGGUAGUGAUUACACAGAAGGAAUUCCUACUGUUGGCUGUGUAACAGCAAUGGAGAUCUUGAAUGAAUUUCCUGGACGAGGAAUGGAGCCUCUCUUAAAACUUGUGGAAUGGUGGGCCGAGGCUCAGAAGUACAAUAAAACGCGUCCCAAUCCGCAUGACACCAAAGUGAAGAAAAAAUUGCGGCAAUUGCAGCUUGCACCCGGUUUUCCAAAUCCUGCAGUAGCAGAGGCUUAUCUGCAUCCCGUGGUGGAUGAGUCGAAAGGAUUAUUCGUUUGGGGAAGACCUGAUGUGGAACAGAUAAGAGAAUUUUGCCAAAGUCGUUUUGGCUGGACCAAGUUGAAAACAGACGAAGUCCUGUUGCCUGUCCUCAAGCAGCUGAAUGCGCAGCAGACUCAGCUCCGUAUCGACUCCUUCUUCAGAUCAGCACAACACGAGAAGCAAGCCAUCAAGAGUCAGAGGCUUCGCCGGGCUGUGACUUGCAUGAGGAGGAAAGAGAAGGAAGAAGAGCAAAACGAAGUCCUGCAGGCUACUGCAGUCAUGGAGCAAGAACCUAAGUGGAGGAAAGGGAAGGAUCCUGUUCGAGGUGCAAAGCAAGGACUGGCUGGAACACAGGGCCGGCGGGGCAAGAGGAGAAAAACCCCACAACCGAAAGGGGAGGGUUGUGGAGGGGGAGGCUUCGUAGGGGAGGUUCAGCUCUCGGAGGCUGAAUCGUCCAGCGACUCUUCGUCCGAAGAGUCGGAGAAGGAAGCCUCCAAAAGGUGCAAAAAGGGAGGAAAUGCCCUGGUGCUUGAAGCAGACACAGCCAGUCACGAAGCCAGAUUGGAGCUUGAAGCCAAGCGGGAUGAAGUGGGGAACAGCAGCUCUAGUGCCGAGGAAGAAAAGCCUCUGGUUACAGCUAGGCCUGUAUUUGAGGGCAAGAAGGCAAGGGGCAAGUCUUCCAGGGGAAGACGUAAGAAAUAGUGCUAUCCAGCAACAGAUAGGGAAUUCUGAAAACACUGCUUUGUAUAUAGCACGAUGAAAUAUCUUACUAUUGUAUAAAUCAGCACGAACCUCCAUGAUCUUAUUUUUUUUUAAUAUUAGCAUUAUUUAUUAAAUAAGAGCUUCUCUUUUUCUAAUGGCGAUUAUGAGCUGGAAUGUUUAAACCUCUUUUAAGAGGAUAAUAUCUGUUUUCUCUUCUCACGAGUGCUUCCAGGAGAAUAAACAAAUUUGCCUCCCUUGAA